GUAAUCUGUCUUAUAGAAGCGAAAGUUUUUGGAAAAAUUUUAUUGAACACUUCGAUCAUUUGGGGUUUUUUAAUGAUAGCUAUUAACUAUAAUACUGUAAGUGACUAUCAUUGGGAUGAAAAUGAUGAGCCAAAUAGUCUUUGUUGUCUUGUUGCCCUUGGUGAUUUUGAAGGAGGUGAACUCUGUUUUUCUUAA